AUGGAGCUUGGAGGGGCACUGAGCAUCUUCCUGGCCAUCUGUGGCUCCUGCUUGCUCCUCAUCUCAGCAUGGAAGAGGAUGCACAAGGAAGGCAAGUUGCCCCCUGGGCCAACGCCCUUGCCUUUCAUCGGCAACUUGCUGCAAAUCAAAACCAGCGAGCCCUUUAAGUCCUUUCUGGCGCUGCAGAAAAAAUAUGGUCCCGUGUUCACGGUGUACCUUGGGCCGCGGAGAGUUGUGGUUCUGUGUGGACAUGAGGCAGUGAAGGAAGCUUUGGUGGACCAAGCUGAGGAGUUCAGUGGUCGGGGGAUGGCUUCUAUUGACCGCAACUUCAAUGGCUUUGGAGUUGCUUUGGCCAACGGGGAACGGUGGAGGCAGCUGCGUCGCUUCUCCCUCACCACCCUGAGGAAUUUUGGGAUGGGGAAACGGUCCAUUGAGGAGCGGAUCCAGGAGGAGGCCCAGUACCUGCUGGAGGAGUUUAGGAAAACUAAAGGACUGCCCUUUGAUCCCACCUUCUUCCUAAGUCGCACAGUCUCCAAUGUCAUCAGCUCCGUUGUCUUUGGCAGUCGCUUUGACUAUGACGACAAGGUUUUUCUCUCCUUGUUGCGCAUGAUCAAUGAGAGCUUCAUCGAGAUGAGCACUCCUUGGGCACAGCUCUACGACAUGUAUUCCUGCGUCAUGCAAUACUUGCCCGGGAGACACAACCGCAUCUACUACCUAAUCGAGGAGCUCAAGGAUUUCAUUGCAGAGAGAAUAAAAAAGAACCAGGCGACACUCGAUCCCAACAACCCACGGGAUUUCAUUGACUGCUUCCUUACCCAGAUGGAGAAGGAAAAAGAGAACCCUUCCAGUGAAUUCAACCUGAAGAAUCUGGUCCUCACCACCCUCAACCUGUUCUUUGCUGGGACAGAGACGGUCAGCUCCACUCUGAGAUACGGAUUCCUCUUCUUGAUGAAACACCCAGAAGUGGAAGAGAAGGUCCACCAGGAAAUUGACCACAUCAUUGGCCUCAACCGCAUCCCUGCCAGCGAAGACAGGAUGAACAUGCCCUACACAGACGCCGUCAUCCAUGAGAUCCAGAGACUGACAGACAUAGUCCCCAUGGGAGUGCCACACACUGUGAUGCGAGACACUCAGUUCCGGGGGUACCACCUCCCCAAGGGCACCGAUGUCUUCCCCUUAUUAGGCUCAGUCUUACGUGACCCCAAAUAUUUCAGCAACCCCCAGAAGUUCAACCCUGGGCACUUCCUGGAUGAGAAAGGGCGCUUUAAGAAGAACGAUGCUUUUGUGCCAUUUUCUUCGGGGAAGCGCGUCUGCCUGGGGGAAGCCAUGGCCCGCAUGGAGCUCUUCCUCUAUUUCACCACCAUCUUGCAAAGCUUCUCUCUGAAGUCCCUUGUGCCUGCAAAGGACAUUGACCUCUCCCCCAAACUGAGUGGCUUUGGGAACAUCCCCCCAACAUAUGAGCUGUGCUUGGUGCCUCGCUGA